AUGGCGUCUAGACGCUUUACGUUCCUGGCGGUUUGGCACGGUGUACUAGGCUUACAACGCCAGAAACCUCAUUCAUGGCAUUUUGAUCGGCUUCGAGAGGAAGAGCAAGAGCUCCGAGAAGCGCAAGCCUAUCUGGAGAAAAUCAGCGAGGCUUCGGAUGUCAUCUUCUCAAUCAGUCGAGCUCAGCAUGAUGGUUUCAAUAUCCAACCCUUGCCUAGCUUCUUUGAUCGAAAGUAUAUGCUUGCCUACCCGUACAUGUUCGGGAAGUUCUCGUCGCGAUGGCUCUUCUACAUCACAGCUUCCUUGUUGUGUCGCGCUCCCCAUAUCGUACGCGAGGUGGUCAACCCGACAAAGAACGAAAAGCUACUUCAAGUUGCCACUCGUCAUCAGAUUGAUCCCGUCCGAUUUACCCGAGCCUUGGUUGAUCGGACCCUGGUUGGUGACAAGUCGGGAAAGACGGGCAACUUUUGGCACUUUCUACCUACAGGUUUUGACUCUAUUUCUCAUGAUUUAUCUACUCCGAGGUCCAGUUUAUGGCGGGACACACAUAUACCACUACGAUAUGGCUGA